AUGCGAACAGAAGCUCGUCGAAAAAAUCUCCUCAUUCUGAUUUUGCAUUAUUUAAUGGAGGAAGGCUAUGUCGAUGCUGCAAAUGCUUUGGAACAAGAAACGAAAUUAAGUUUACGUGGCUUUGAAGUUUGUGACAACAUUGAUCUUGAGACAAUUUUGAUGGAAUAUGAAAGCUAUUACUUUGUAAAAUUUCAAAAGUAUCCUAAAAUUACUAAAAAGGUCCUGGACACUGCAGAAAGUAAACAACAGCUGAGAGCUGGAGGAAGACCACGAAGGGCAGCAAGCUCUUCUCAGAAUCUCCCAAGGCUCAAACAUCAGACAGUGCAACGACCGUUGUCAAAAACUUCACCUGGGAGCACAACAGAAUUUAAAUCAUCCGCCACGGAGAGCCCCAAACAGAAUAAUGACAGUGCGGUUACUCUGGAGCAAUCUGACUUUGGCUUAAGCAUCUCGGCAAUCAACAAAACUGGAGGAGACAGCACUCACCCAAGAAGAGGCCAAGUAAUUGACUUCCAUGGGACAAUUCAGGAUGCCAUCAAAGUAUCAUCAAAUGGAAUAGCCUUGAACAGCCUUAAUUGUGAUCCAGAUCCAUCAGAACGAUUAUUGAAACCCCUUAGUGCUUUUAUUGGCAUGAGUGGUGAGAUGAGAGAACUUGCAACAGUCAUAAGCAAAGACAUUUAUCUCCAUAAUCCAAACGUGAAGUGGGAUGAUAUUAUUGGACUGGAUGCAGCUAAAAGGCUAGUCAAGGAAGCAGUUGUUUAUCCCAUAAGGUACCCCCAGCUGUUUACAGGCAUUCUGUCUCCUUGGAAAGGAUUAUUGCUGUAUGGACCACCAGGUACUGGAAAAACUUUGCUUGCUAAGGCUGUUGCCACAGAAUGCAAUACAACUUUUUUCAACAUAUCAGCAUCCACCAUUGUCAGCAAAUGGAGGGGUGAUUCUGAAAAACUUGUCCGGGUGUUAUUUGAGCUUGCCCGGUACCAUGCUCCUUCCACAAUUUUCUUGGAUGAGCUGGAGUCAGUUAUGAGUCAAAGAGGCACUGCUGCUGGUGGUGAACAUGAAGGAAGUCGGCGGAUGAAAACAGAAUUACUGGUGCAGAUGGAUGGCUUGGCCCGAUCUGAUGAUCUUGUAUUUGUUUUAGCAGCUUCCAAUCUGCCAUGGGAGUUAGAUUCUGCCAUGCUGCGGCGGUUGGAGAAGAGGAUUUUGGUUGACCUCCCAAGUAAAGAGGCACGGCGGGUGAUGAUCCAGCACUGGCUGCCCCCUCUGAGCAACAGCGGAGGAGUGGAGCUGAGAACGGAUCUGGACUACAGCUUGCUGGGCCAGGAAACGGAUGGGUACUCUGGCUCAGACGUAAAACUCGUCUGCAAGGAAGCAGCCAUGAGACCAGUGAGGAAAAUUUUCUACGCUCUUGAAAAUCAUCAGCCAGGUAACAGCAACUUACCUGUGAUCCGAUUAGACACGAUCACAACAGCAGAUUUCCUGGAUGUGAUCGCCCACACCAAACCAUCAGCAAAGAACCUGAGCCAGAAGUACACAGCUUGGCAGAGAGAAUUUGAAUCCGUUUGA